CCAGUUCUCAAGCCCCAGCAGCCUCUCGUCCCUCUCUGAAAUAAGCAUUCUCAUGCACGGGAGGAUCGAUGUCUACUGCUCUCGCUCUCGCAGCGACUCGAAGCAGAUUGGGAAUCCUGGUCGGUAUAGGCAGAGUUGGUCGGAGCUGUUGUUGUCGACGACGACUUCAGAGCUUUUGUGCUCACGGUAGAACGGCGAGGGGAGCACUCGGCAAGCACUGUCGGAGAUGCAGUGUGAACAGACUCAUUGCAGCUAUCGUGGACUAGGAGCUACUCACUUUCUGCAAUUCACAAGGAAGAAUUUGUCAACUUCUAAAGCCUUUUGUUCAGGUACAGCACUCUGAGCUCUCUGAUCAGUUUCUUGUCGCAGAGGGUGUCACAGCAGCUCAUUAAAUUGUCCCGGGAGACAGUUGCAGAGGACGAAUUGAAGCCCGAGUCCGUGGGAGGGAGAGGCAGAUACUCUGACAAUAAGCGUUUGUGUUGGUGGAGAGUAGCUAGCUCAAGCACGAUGGGGCUAGUGGAGGGACGAAGUCGCAUUCGCAGCGUCACGUGUAUUAUUAUUGUGGUUCUGUUGAUUGUGGAUUUAUGCUCUGUGAAAGCCGUCGGAAGGGAAUUUCUGACAAAGAAGUCUAAAGUGUUGUCGCUGGCAUAUGGAUACAACCCGGAACAGAAUGGAUCCUUUGCGCUAAAUAAUGUGCUGCUGCCUGGACAGUAUCUCCGAGGCUGGGAUGGUUGGGGAGUGUAUCUUUCCACAGACUGUACAAUCCGCUUGGGCCAGAAGAAGGAAGAAUCAUAUAAGAAAACAGUAUGGAUUCACGGGCCAGGAUUGACGAAUGAUUCAGCGAUCAAUUGCUAUGCGUGGCUGGCAGACGACGGUGACUUUAACCUGCAUUAUAGCGAUGGAACGCUUGCUGCUCCUAUUAUUCAGCAUCCGUGGGCUUUGGAAGGCGUGUCGUCCAUAGUAGGCUACGAGCUUAUGUUAAUCAAGGAUUCAUCUGAGUGGCACCAUCAUAUGAUACUGGAGCUUCGACAUUACAACUGGAAGGUUCCGCAUGUGACCCUCUGGCAAGAUCUGCUGUCUAUCGUGGACUGAGCGAAUUCAAGCUCCUUGACUUCAAGCUCGUGUGCAUAAUACCGACAGAGACGUAUAUGGUGUGCACAUGGUUUGUACUGUAAAUAUUCAGCUAAAUCGUUUUCCCGUGACAAGGUGGAAUUGUAACUGACUCUGCAGGAGCAAAGCUCCGGGUCCAUCACGUCUUUGAUAAAAAUGGCUUGAAAAU